ACGGCGAGGAGCGCGCAGGCCUCCGCGUUGAUUGACGGCAGCGGUAAUUAAAAGCAUUUAGCUCAUCGCUAACUUCACGCGAAGUGACUGCAACACGGCUCGUCGUCCUCCGACACGCCGCGUCGCGCAGUGUGGAGAUCGCCAUCAUGACGGCAGGUUCCAUCUCCGUGCCCCACAUCAUCCCCUUGCGGUUCCCUGGGCCGGACAGACCCAAGUCAUGUAUUGACUCCAACACCUACAUCGCCAUCAAGUCUGACACGCCGGAGGUACUUAUCUACUUCUCAGUGGAUGGGAGCAAGCCAGAGCUACUCAAGAAGCCAGGGCACAAUGAGAUGAACGCCAUGAAAUAUAAAGGGCCAUUCACCCUCAACGAGGGCAAGAGAACCGUCAAAGCUAUGGCGGUCACCAGGGAUGGGCGCGAGAGCGGCGUGGUGACCAAGGUGUUUCUAGUGGAGUAUGCCGCUCCGCAGCAUCUCGCUGGCCCAGAAGACAACGCGGAGAACUUCCUGCUUGAAUACCAGGCGGAUCUGGGCAAGACUGAAACAUUGGAAGGAUUAAAGACAACAACGGACGUCAUCAACAAAGUUGUGAACCAAGAACAAAAAUCAGCUUGGGGAGACACGACCCAGAAAAUGAAAGAGAUGACGCUUGACGGCAGCCGGCGACAAAGGCCUAGAACAGGCAAGCGCAUCAUGGAAGGUGGACCCAUCAGCCCAGGCCGAGACUCUGGCUUGCCGUUCUCCCACAGUUCACAGUCUCUGUUGUCGGAUGCGACCAGCCCCACCAAGACUCUCGUUAGUUCCCAGACACUGCGGCUCCAAAAGGAACUGGAAUAUCUCAAGUGUGCAAAAUGCCUGGCCGCCCGACCCUCGGACCCGUUUGCUCUUUUCUGUCAGGAGUGUGGCUGCACUCUGCCACCAGUGCCAGGGCCAUCCCAGCCACCUCCUAAGGCAGAAAAAAUGAUCCUGUGCCUCUCGUGCAAGUCAAUGGUGCCAACGAACACACUCAAUUGCAUUGUGUGUGAGGUGCCAAUACCUGGCAAGACUCCGCCACAAGCGAGCAAGGAUAUGGUCUUGUGCAAGGCCUGUGGGACUGGAAACCCAGCCAACGUCAAGCACUGUGUGACCUGUGAGACCCGGCUUCCCGAGACUCCCAUGGCUUUCAGCACCAUUAGUGUGGCACCACCCCCACAGACCACUGACAAGAGGUUGCUGAACUGCUCCAAGUGUGGGCGUUUAAAUAACUCGGAUGCACGCUUCUGUGACUGGUGUGGGGCCAAGCCAAGCCCACCAGUGAGUUACUUAGCUUGCACAAAGUGUGGAGCUACCAGCCACUCGGAGGCGCGAUUCUGUGGUACGUGUGGUACCUACCUGGAUCCACCGGCCCGCUUGGAUGCUGUGACAUCAAGACAUGGUGGUUUUUUGAAUGAGCAGCCUCUGCGUGCGAGCUGGCAGAUGGUGUCGCUGCCGCUGGUACGUGCCAGCUUGGGCCUCCAGACAGCCGACCAGGCCACGCAGACAGUGGGGCUUUUCUACCCCUCGGGUCGGGGUCUGGAGCAGAAGGUGCAGGAGGUGUCCACCAAGCGUGUGCAGCAGGAUCGCAUGAGCGACCGCAGGCCUCCUAUCACCGCCGUCAGCCCCGGCAAAGGGUAUUGGAGGAAGCAGAUUGACCAUGUGUGCGCUCACCUGAGGAGCUACACACAGAACACAACGGAGUUCCGGGCGCUCAUUGGCGAGCCGCGGAUGGGCAAGAUAAUGUCUGCCACAGUCCAAGAGGAGGGAGACAUAUUAAACUUGACGCUAAAAUUUGUUCUAAGAGACAAUGAGCCGAAUAUGGAGACAAUAAGACCAGCCAGCCUCUCACAAAACAGCCAGCCUUUCCACAGCCUCGGAGAGCGGAGGGGGGGCAGCCUUCACGGCAGUCAAGCCAGCCUAGCGAGCGACCAAGCCUCAGUGGGCAGUGAUAUGAAGUUGAGGAACAUUAAGAAAAAGAAGAAAGCUUUUCUCAAAGAAGACACAAUGUCUGCAGAGAACAGACAGCUCCUGGAAGAGGUGGGAACUUCAGGGCGGGGUCAGGCCGAAUUCCUUCAGCGGCUGCUCAAUGAGGGAGCAGACCCCAACUUGGUGAGCUUUGAGGGGCGCCCGGUUCUAACCCUAGCCGUGAUGAACCGGCAUGCGACCGCCAUCUCCAUCCUAGUCGAGGCGGGGGCCAACGUGGACCAAGCAUCGGGCCUAAUUAACAACACAGCGUUGCACGAGGCCGUCGAGUUGGGGGCUCAAGGCGUGAAGUGUGUGGAAGCACUGCUGGCGUGCAAUGCAAGCUUGAAGAAGAGAAAUGACCGUGGUAUGACAGCACAGGACCUGGCCGUGGCUGGAGGGAAUGACUGCCUCGUGACCCUGUUUGCCAGCCACUUUGGUCAAAGUCUGCUGGAGAAGCUCACCCAGGCCAAGCCAGCUUCUGCGAUGAAGCAAACCUCCUUAGAGGUCUUUUAGUCCACCCAGUUGUGGCAUAGGAGUGGGUUACACCCAGAGAUAAUAUAUUACUUCAAAAGUGUGUUUUUUUGGGAAUCUAUUUAAAAUAAUUGUAAUGUGUUUUGUCAUCAUUAGCCAUGAUCAAUCCACUGCUAAAGGCCUCCCCAAACCAUCAAUCUCUCAUGAUGUACUGUGUUGUGUAUAAUUUGAAAUACAGAUAUUAUCUAAUAAUGAUCGAGGGAUAAAUUCACCGCGUUAAUGUCUUAAUGUUGUUUGUACAAUGUACUUGUGUGUUAAUGUCUGAUUGGGUUCAUGCAUACAUUUGUGGUAUA